GAUUUAUAACCACUCAUCUUUUAUUCUACUUUUCAAAGUGAGAGGUACUCCUACAAAACAGCACCUUUAAUUUCCCCUCUCUUGACUUUAUCAGCAAUCUCGUGCAUAUUUUCUUCCUUCUACACAACAAGAAGAAGGUCUUUACCUUCAAAAAUUUACUACGAGUACUAUUUUGUUGGUCUUGUGCCAACUAACAAAGAGAAAAAAAGGCAACAAAAACAAUGGCUGCCUGUGGAAGCCUACAACACAUAUUUGAGAAACCAUUGCCUGAAAAUCCAACACUUAUUGAAUCCCUCUCCUCAACCUCAUGGAAUAAUUCUAAAUCCUUGAAACCUAAUAUUGAUAACUCCUCCUUCACUGAGAUUUUCGGCGAAUUACAUUUUAAAGAAAACAACUCUUCUAUAUCUUCCUCCUCCUCCUCUCUUGUUUCUUCUUCGUCAUCUUUUUCUUCUUGUCUCCCUCAAUCAUCUGCUUCAUCAUCAUUGUCGUCUUCUUCGUCGUUUUUCCUUGAUGCAAUCCACCAAUCUGAGAUUGAAGGGCUGGACAAUAUUAAGGACAAGUAUGAAAGAAACAAGAGCCCUAUUUCAAGUUAUUAUCCAAAUACCAAUAGCUGCAGCCAAAAGAAACAAGACAGGCAUAGUGAUAGCUUUUCAUCAAGAACAUCGGAUAGUCUAUCGAUGUGCACAGAAGGCCUUGGAUUCGAGAGCUCUGAUGACGUUGAAGACCUAAUGAACGAUUUGAGUAUCGAGAAUCAGAAACAACAACAAGAAGAAGAAAAAGGGAGAACGCGCGUUCCCUAUAGGCCAGAGAAUCAAAUAAUUAUUAAUCAUGAUUAUUCAAAGAGAUCAAGAACAAACAAAGGGUCAUUUCCACCUCCUAUUUCUUGCAUAGGGAGAAGUGGGAAGCCUUGGGUUUGCUUUAAAUCAUUUAGGGAAGAUGGGAGGUUUAUUCUUAAGGAAAUUAGAAUUCCUACUCAAGAAUUCUUGCAUGCAUGCAGAGAAGAUGGACGUUUAAUGAUGCAUGUUAUUCAUUCAGAUGAUGAGAUUGUAGAUGAAGAUGAAUACGAAGACGAGGACGAGGACGACGAUGAUGAUACACAGAAUGUUGAAGAAGAACAUGAUGCAAAGCAUGUAUAGGAGUUGAACAUCAAUAAAACAUGUAUUGCAUGAAAGCUGUUUAAUUUUGUUUCGUAGUUUUUACUUUUUUGGUAUUUCCUUUGUCUGCUAUAUUCCAAAGUUGCAGGAAACCUGCAAGAUAUAGUUUAAAAGCUUUGUUUUUCUUCUUCUCUGCAAAUUUUGCAAAUAAAGAGAAACUGCAAAAGGAAUUCUUUAUUCCAUAUCUGGAUGCAUUUUACUA